UAGCUAUUAGUGUGUGUCAGUGUGUGAUUGUGAUGUGAACAGUCGUCGAAUAAAAUUGAUAAAGUUUGUUUUGUCUGAGAAGUAUGAAUAUCAUUUUACAAAAUUUCUAGUCGUCAUGAGAUAAUAUAUUAUUAAAAUUAAAAAAGUAUCAUAGUUAUAGAUGAAACCUAAAUAUUCGAUGUAAUCGGGUCGUGUCCGAUAUUAAAAAUGAGAAGUGUUCUUGGAUUACUGAUUGUCACACGCGAUUCUAUCUCCAAGUAGAAAAAUUGUAUUUUCUUGAAAGAAUCGUUAUAUGUACGCAGCGGGAAUGACAAUAAUGGCAGUGUCUGUUGGCGAAAUUUGCGAGAACACCAAGCUGGCUCGGGAAAUGGCAUUGAUGGGAAACUAUGAAUCGGCUUUGGUGUAUUACGAAGGGACAGUGCAGAUGAUCCACAGACUCCUGAUUACGAUCGCGGACCCCACACGAAAGUCCAAGUGGCAAUUGGUUCAAAAGCAGAUGGCGCGGGAAUACGAACAGCUGAAAGCGACAGUAGCGACCCUACAGAUGUUCCAGCAUGAAGGCGAGAAGGCCAUCACACCACUGACCACUGCUUUUGAAGAUCUGCCAACCCGUGAUCAGAUGUGGGGCCCGGCGCCGCAUGAGAUAGAUCCGGACAUCUGGCCUCCGCCGCCCGACCGCGACCCCACAGCCUGGCCCUCGCCUACCAGCGUCGAACACAAAGGACAUCCAGCAAUGAAAUCGGCAAGAAACAAUCCCCGUAACAACCGAACAGCGGACAACAAGAAGACGACCGGCCCUCGCAACGCGACCACAUCACAACGUAAGACGUCAGACGUCAGGAAUCCUCGGAUAAAUACGAGCAAAGGGCACAGCGCUAAAGCCAAGGACACGAGUAACAAAGAGAACAGCAAUGCAAAGGAUAAGCAAGACAGAGACAACAAUAACGGAGACACGGACGACGAGAAGCACAAGGAGGAGGAGCGGAGGUUCGAACCACCUUCGGCUGUUGAUGGCGACCUGGUGGAUAUGUUAGAACGAGACAUCGUCCAGAAGAAUCCGAACAUUCGAUGGGACGAUAUCGCCGACCUUACAGAGGCGAAGAGGCUGCUAGAGGAAGCUGUGGUCUUGCCCAUGUGGAUGCCAGACUUUUUUAAGGGUAUUCGUCGUCCUUGGAAAGGUGUGCUCAUGGUGGGUCCCCCGGGUACGGGGAAGACAAUGCUGGCCAAAGCCGUUGCCACGGAGUGCGGGACCACCUUCUUCAACGUGUCCUCGUCCACGCUCACGUCCAAGUACCGCGGGGAGUCGGAGAAGCUGGUCAGGUUGCUGUUCGAAAUGGCGCGGUUCUACGCGCCGAGCACGAUCUUCAUCGACGAGAUCGACUCGCUGUGCUCGCGGCGCGGCUCCGACAGCGAGCACGAGGCCUCGCGCCGCGUCAAGUCCGAGCUGCUCGUGCAGAUGGACGGGCUCGGCUCCGCCUCCGACGAGCCCGCCAAGGUGGUGAUGGUGUUGGCCGCAACUAACUUUCCAUGGGACAUCGAUGAGGCGCUGAGACGGCGGCUCGAGAAAAGAAUUUACAUACCCCUCCCCACUCAAGAGGGGCGGGAGGCGUUGCUUCACAUAAACCUCAGGGAGGUCAAAGUUAAUCCAGAAGUUGAUCUGCGAACAAUCGCCAAGAAACUCGACGGGUAUUCUGGAGCGGACAUAACUAAUGUCUGCAGAGAUGCAUCAAUGAUGUCUAUGCGACGAAAAAUUGCGGGUCUCAAGCCCGAACAAAUAAAACAACUUGCCAAGGAAGAACUAGACUUGCCCGUUACUCAUCAGGACUUCAUGGAGGCACUCGCUAAGUGCAAUAAAUCCGUCUCCAAAGGAGACAUACAGAAAUAUCUGACGUGGAUGGAUGAAUUCGGUUCCUCUUGAUUCACGUAGAAA